UGCCAUCACGGGAAAAUACAAUUGCACAAGGAUUAACUAAUUAUGUUUGGUCAUAUGAUUUACAUAAUCAAAGGUGUAUGGACCCUAACUGCCUUUCUCUUGGUAGUCGAGACGGAAUGGAACGGUUAGGACUACUUGAUGAAGAUUUUGAAGUCCCCGAAGAACGUUUGCAAAAUAACAGUACAAUUCCUACACAGACGUCGCCUACAUAUUCAUUAACGCAACAAAUGCAACCAUCACUGCAACAACGUCAACAUCCUCCAACGCAAAUAGAAAAUAACGUGGUACCUCCAUUUCCUUACUCGCCAACCAAUUCCAACGAUCCAUCAACUCUUGAUUAUAGACCUACAAUUUAUCAACCACCACCCCAGAUUUUGCCUCUGGCGCCAAAUUUAAACGUUCCAGCAUAUAUGCACCAUCCGUAUUAUAACCCUCGUAUGUAUGCUGAUCCUGAAUAUUGGGCCAAAUUUAUGGCUGAAGAAGAUAAAAGAAAACGAAAUACAGCUGCUUCCGCAAGAUUUAGAGUGAAAAAGAAAAUGCGUGAACAGUCACUUGAAAAAACGGCAAGAGACAUGAGUGAAAAAGCUGAAAUGUUGGAAAAUCGCGUAAAAGAACUUGAAAGAGAAAUUAAAUGGCUAAAGAAUCUACUCAUUGAAAAAGAUUCCAGGAUUUCAAGUAUACAACGAUCUGAGAGUAAUAGGGGUGGUGGUGAAGAAAUUGAAAAUAGCAAUGGUCGUGCUAAAAGAAGCGACCAACAACAUCAGAAGUAA